AUGCUGUUCCACAAUUGUGCUGAUCGCAAUUUGAAUUUGGACUUAACUGCUAGCUUACCUUUUACCCUUUCACGACACACAGGGCUUUAUAAAGAUCCUUGUAAAAUAAUCUCUAAAUUUAUCGACUUUGACGUACCAACAGAGUCUGAUCGUUACAUCGGUGAUCUCUCUAUUGACGAGGACAUCGAAAAAGAAAUUCAAGUUGAUUUCUUCGACAAUCUAAAGACCCCAUCAGAAGAGUUGAAAGGUUUCACUCCAAUCGACGAGUCAAAUCCUUUGGUUUCUGGUAUUAUUGCUGCUGUAGCUGCUUACAAUAAUUCAUCUAUUUCUGCCACUUCUAAUUUUGAUAUUACAGCUUCAUCUAAAACAAAUUCUUCAACUGUUGCUGUUCCUUCAUCCACUCCAUCCCUAUCGUCACUGUCAUCUCCAUCCCCAUCACCUUCUCCAUCUCCCUCACCUAACUCUUCAUUACUUACCAACGAUAUUGAAAUGGGUGAUGAACGAAAAUCAUCUUUACCUCACCAUUUGUCGCACCUUCAAGUCAAACAAGCUCAGACCAACAAUGAUUCAUUGAUGACACCAAUCAUCGAUCCUAAUUCUUCAUUGACCAAUAGUGGACCUCAUUUCCCAUCAUUUGAUGUCAAUUCUGACAACGUUUUUGGUCAAUACCUUCAAGAAUUAACUCAAUCUGUAUCUUGUGAAAAUGACACUCGACAUUUGCAGCAACAAGAUGUCAAACCAAAUUUCUCUUUGGCGCCAUCAACUAUUGCAUAUUCUGGUGGAGUAAGGCAACAACAUCAGCAUCAACAACCCCAACAUCAACAUCAUCAUCAUCAACUUGAACAAACUUCUCUGUCAUCAUCAUCACCAUCUCUUCACCAUAUUCAUCAAAAUCAAACUCAACCAAACGAGUCAGGCUUAGACUCCAAUAGGUCUUCAUCACACAUGUAUUCAUUAUCCUCAGCUCAGCACGAUUUUGAAUAUCCAACUACUUUACCAGGGAUCUCGGGCUAUUCGAAUCGAUCUGCAGUUUGUGAUGUUGAACCAAGAAUGGGAAUCGAUACACCUUCAUCCUUGACUCCUUCAUCAAGCACAUCAUCAAUGAGCUAUGCUGAACUCAAACCUCGAUCUUAUUCUUUUUCUCACUCUCAGCCCUCAACUAGCAUUUUAAACGAAAGCAUGGUCCCAACCGUAGUCGAAGAUCAUCCUUACACCUCAAGACACAAUACCUCAUCACCUUUUGGUGGUCAACCCUCAUUUUCUCCACCUUCAUCGUGCCCAUCUAAUUCAUCAUUGAACUCAACCACCGAUCAACGAGAUAGCAGUCGAGAUUUGUUCUGUCUAAUAAAUGGAUCAGACUUUUCUUCUUCAAAUCGAAAGCGAAAUUCAAAUCAACAUGAAGCCUCUUCAAGAAGAGGUCGAUUAACAAAAAAGGAAAAGCUCGACAAAAUGAUUACUGAAGAGAGACGCUUGGAAUCAGAGAAUACAAUGCUUAAGGAACAAUUGAAAGUUAUGGAACAUCAAUUCAAAGUAUUGCAAACCAAGAUUACAAAUAUUCUGAUUGAUGCUGCUAAACGCAAGGGUUGA